UUAGUUCAAUAAUUUAGUAAUUUGUAUCAGUAUCAGUUCUCGUGUAAUGAUCGUGUUCAGAUAAUCGUAUCUUUCAUGUGUUAUUUGUAUGUCAUUAACAGUAGUUGUGAAUUGUGGAUCGUGGAUGAAUAAAUUAAUUACAAAAAUGUUUCGAAUGUCUUUCACAAAUUUAGUAAAACAACCUAAAGAAGUAAUUACACAGUUUAUGAACUCGUUUGAUACUGUUUUAACCGACUGUGAUGGUGUGUUGUGGCUAGAAGAAGAACCAAUUGAAGGUUCCGCAGAGGUGAUAAAUACUUUGAAAGAAUUAGGGAAGAGAGUAUUUUUCGUGACGAAUAAUUCCUGUAAAAUACGUGAUGACUUUGUUAAAAAGGCCAAGAAAAUGAACUUCAAAUGUGAAAAGGAUGAUAUUAUUUCAACUGCNGUUGGCCCAGAAGGUUUAUCUCAAGAAUUAGAGUUGGUGGGAAUAAAAUCUAUAGGAGUCGGACCUGAUGUAAUGCAGACAUCAUUUAAAAAUACUCUUGAAGAAUUUAAAGCAGAUCCUGAUAUUGGUGCAGUAGUAGUAGGAUAUGAUGAACACUUCAGUUAUGUUAAGAUGUUUAAAGCUGCUACUUAUCUAAGUAAUCCAAAUGUUCUUUUUGUGGGUACUAAUUCUGAUGAGCAGUAUCCAAAUCGUUAUGAUUAUAUAGUUCCUGGAACUGGUACUAUUCUAAUUGCUGUUAAAACUGCUGCUCAGAGGGAACCGUUUAUUGUGGGGAAGCCUGAAGCAUAUAUAGCAGACUUCAUUAAAAAUGAAUAUGGAAUGGAUCCUAAGAGAACAUUAAUGAUUGGUGACAGGUGCAACACAGAUAUUUUAUUGGGAACAAGAUGUGGUUUUCAAACAAUGUUAGUUUUAAGUGGAAUAACAACUUUCAAAGAGGCAACACAACGGAAACAGUCAAAAAAACAGGAAGAAAAAGAUCUUGUACCUGAUGUAUAUCUUGAAAAGCUAGGGGACUUACUCUUGCCUAUCCAUCCCUCGAAACGUAAACAAGCGAAAAAUGAGUGCCAGAAUGUUGUGAAAGUAAGACGCGCCCUUUUCGAACCAAUCGAUCACGAAGAGACGCAAAAGUUUUUGGAACAGGAAUUGUCCAAACAAUCCGUGAACGAAAGUGAAAAAUGGGAGUUCGAUUUCGUGAACGAAAGACCUCUCAAAACAAAGGGCCGUUAUGAAUGGACGGUCGUUAAUAGUAGCAGCGCACCUGAUCUUGAAAAGCCCCGGAAGAAAAUAGAAGAAGUUUAUGACACUUCCACUCUUUAUCCUCAAACUCUCAGUACACCGAAAGUUGACGGUGAAUUUGAGAAAAAAGAGGAAAAUAGUGCCGUAGAGAGUAUGAUAGUCGAUGGAACUCCUCCAAAGGAUUCUAACAAAAAACAAAGUCUCAUAACUGGUAAGUCACUUUAUGUUAAGAUGUUUAAAGCUGCUACUUAUCUAAGUAAUCCAAAUGUUCUUUUUGUGGGUACUAAUUCUGAUGAGCAGUAUCCAAAUCGUUAUGAUUAUAUAGUUCCUGGAACUGGUACUAUUCUAAUUGCUGUUAAAACUGCUGCUCAGAGGGAACCCUUUAUUGUAGGAAAACCUGAAUCAUAUAUAGCAGACUUCAUUAAAAAUGAAUACGGAGUGGAUCCUAAAAGAACAUUAAUGAUUGGCGACAGGUGCAACACAGAUAUUUUAUUAGGAACAAGAUGUGGCUUUCAAACAAUGUUAGUUUUAAGUGGAAUAACAACUUUCAAAGAGGUAACACAAUGGAAGCAGUCAAAAAAACAGGAAGAACGAGAUCUUGUACCUGACGUAUAUCUUGAAAAGCUGGGGGACUUACUCCCUUAUUUGAAUUGAUAUAUCAGUAUUUUAGUUAAAUUCACUCAUUUGGGUGCAAGAACUAUAUAGUAUUUAGCCAUUUAAAUAACUUUCAUUUUUGACUUUUAUUUUAUGUACUUUUAACAAAACAAGUUGUUACAA